UUCUACUCCCCCCGAAGCCUUCCUGCCCGUCUCGCCUCGCGCUUGCGCUGCCGCUGCUGCUUCUAUUGCCAUUCCGUUCCGUUCCGGGGGAGGAGGAGGAGGAGAGGGCGCGCUGCUUCGCGUGGGAAGCGUGCUUCGUUUAGGCCUCGCGAAUUGCCGAGGGCGACGGCGACGUGCUCGUCGACCGGGCAGAGAAAAUCUAGGGAGGCUUGGGCUCGCGAGACAAGUCUGUACGUGGCGUACGUGCCUUUGUGGGGGACAGCCACUUGCUCUCGCUGCCAAUGGCCGAGAUCUGCUGCGAGGAAGCCAAGUCCACGCCGGCAACGGCCGUGGCCGCGGCCGCAGCGGUCGCCGUGGCCGUCGCCUCCUCGGCGCUAGAGAGGAGGCGACGCAGGUUGGAGAUGAGGCGGUUCCGCAUCGCGACCGAUCUCGACGCGCCGGCCGAGGAGGACGUCCGCGCUGGCAAGCGGCUGCGGCUGGCGCGCACGGCGUCCGGCUCGUGCGCCGACGCCGUCCGGGAUUGCGAAAGGCCGGCCCUGCCGGAGCGGUUGCCGAGGUACGGCGUCAGCUCCGUCCGCGGCCGACGCCGCGAGAUGGAAGACGCCGUCUCCAUUAGGCCGGACUUCCUGCCCGGCGCCAGCAAGCACCACUUCUUCGGCGUCUUCGACGGCCACGGCUGCUCCCACGUGUCCACGUUGUGCCAGGACAGGAUGCAUGAGGUUGUCGCCGACGAGCACAACAACGCCGGCUCUGGCGAAGAGACGGCGUGGAAGGGUGUGAUGGAGAGGAGCUUCGCGCGAUUGGACGAGCAGGCCACGAGCUGGGCUAGUAGUCGCAGCGCCGACGAGCCGGCCUGCAGAUGCGAGCAGCAGAUGCCCUCGCGGUGCGAUCACGUUGGGUCCACCGCCGUGGUCGCCGUAGUCAGCCCCACCCACGUCGUCGUCGGCAACGCCGGCGACUCCCGUGCCGUCCUCUCACGCGCUGGCGUCCCCGUCGCGCUUUCCGUCGACCACAAGCCUGACCGGCCUGACGAGCUGGCGCGCAUCGAGGCGGCGGGCGGUCGCGUCAUCUACUGGGAUGGCCCCCGUGUUCUCGGCGUCCUCGCCAUGUCUCGAGCCAUAGGCGAUGGUUACCUUAAGCCGUUCGUGUCGUCGGAGCCGGAGGUGACGGUGACGGAGCGCACCGAUGAGGACGAGUGCCUGAUCCUGGCCAGCGACGGCCUGUGGGACGUCGUGACCAACGAGAUGGCGUGCGAGGUCGUCCGCGCGUGCUUCCGUAGCAACGGUCCGCCGGCGCCGGCCUCCCGGCCGGACGGCGUGGCGCCGCCCGCGGCCGACGCGGACGCCGAGAACGGAUCCGCGGUGGUCAAGGGCAUGAGCAAGGCGGAUUCCGACAAGGCGUGCUCCGACGCGGCCGUGCUGCUGGCGAAGCUGGCGCUGGCCCGGCGGAGCGCCGACAAUGUCAGCGUGGUCGUAGUGGAUCUCCGCCGGGGGAUAUGAUUCUUGGAGCAGAGCAGAAAUCAUACGCUCCAUGACUGCUUGCUUUAGCCCCUUUUUUUUCAAAUCCACAAGCUAAUUCUUCCCCAUUUUAACCAUCCUUCCAUUUUGAUUUAGUCUUAAUAGUAGCAGUUCCUGACCAGUUGAAGAUGAACAUAAUAGAUGCUUUUCUUCUCUCAAACGAGGAAUUGAAGCUAGCUGGAACAAGGAACAGGAACAGCGGAAUGCUGAUCUUAGCCUAGCAGCAUUGCAGCAACCAUGUACUGCCAAUCGAUAAGCACAACCUUUUGGUCGUAGAUUAACAUGCCAAGAAGUGUUGAUUCGAUCCUCCA